AUUUUUGUUCUAGAAACAUCUCAUACCUAACCCAGUUUCUUUCCCAAUGAAAUUCAUUCUCCAUUUUUGAACCCCAAAACACAGCAAAAGGAAAGGUAACUCUAGCCACAACACAACACAAUCAUCUCUCUCGUACGAAUAUAACAUUUGGUCAUAAGCAGUGGAUCACUAUGGCAAGUAGUGUUGGCUUUUCACCUCUACUUUUACCAGUUGGUAUUAGAAGUCAGCCUGAAGCUGAUGUUAAGCGUAAUGGACCAAACAUUGUUGGGCUGAAACCCUUACCAUAUAACGUCAGAAAAGGAGAACUUAAAACUGCUACAGUGCAGAGUUCAUCAUAUACUAGACGUGCAGCUGCUUUGAAUACUAAAUGUGCUGCGGCAGCUGCAAGUGCAUCCCAGACCCUAACACGCAAUUCUCGGUCAAUGACUAUAACACCUGACAAAGUGAAGUCCCCUAAACUCGAUAACAAUGGACCUGGUUUGCCACCUCGAGACGACGAUGGAAAUGGUGGUAAUGGAGGAGGUGGAGGUAAGUUUUCCGGUGGUCUUCCCCUUCUGGGUAUUCUGGGUGUGCUGGAUAUUCUAAAGGACAUUGAGAAACAAUGGCAAAGAAAACACAAGAGAUGAUCUUCAAGAUGAGGAUUCUUACUGUAGGAGUGAAAUUACUUUACAAAUCUGAUGCAAACUCCUACUUUACAACAGAUACAACAGAGACAGUGCAGGGAUUCAUUUUGAAGUACACAAGCAACUUGGAAUACUUCAAAUGCUUAUAGAAAUUAAUCACUGAGGAAUGGCUUUAUGAUCUUUUCUUUUCUUUUUUUUCUCAAUGAAGGUUUAUAAAGAUAGAAGGAAUAUAAUUAGAAUUUAAAUUUUUGAUAUUACGAUUUUCCCUCAAAACAGUAUUCAGAUUUGUAUCUGUGUGGAUUAUUUAAUGCAUGUGUCUCUACAUACUAUGCGUAUA